CUCUCAGUGCUCUGGCGCCGCUCCAGCUUCCUUACAAUAGUUACCACCGCCGUCUUUCAAUCCGCCACCACACAUUGGAGACACCGUUUUGCACGUAUUUGACGGUACUGUCGCGCUCCAGAAUCCCCGUCUACGUCAACCCUUUAUACAUUUUUCACUGCAACUCCUACUUAUUGCUGUCUUCGCAGUCUCAACCUGCCUGUCGGCGUCAAGCGUCGGGUGUCCGCUCGCGGAAUUCAUUCGGUUCAAUUUUGCGCGGUCUGGAUUUCUCGACCGCAACGACACAAAACGUCAUUGGCCAACCCUCGCUGAUUGAAUUCCAGCCCGAUCGUAUGGUCUACGAUGGUAACCGGUGAUACCGCGCUAACUUUGGCGCCGUCGAGCCCUUCCCCGCCCUUGCGGGACAACAGCCCCAGCAAUUUCUCGAGUCCCCUCAGCGAGCCCGAAGACAAGGACGCAUAUGGCGACGAGGCCGAUUUGGACAUGCGCGACCACGGCGAUGGACACGACAUUCAAAACCGAAACGGCGCCCCAGGCGACCCAGAGUUCGAAGCCGUCUCCGAGUCAGACGACGACAGCAAGCUCUCAGAGGUGGAUGUCAAUGACUCCGAAGCCGAGACAGAAAGACUCUACGACACGCCUCCCAAGAGUGGCCCGACACGCAACAUAAUGGAUACGGCAGGCGAUGUUGGAAACCGGCGCUUCACUGAUCGCCGGGACCGGGUCCUCGAACGCAGCCCGAGCAAGCUCCACCAGCAAUUACGUGCUGACGUAGAUACAGAGGACGCGACUGGCGAUCGCAUUUUGGUUUCUGAGGCAGAGGAUGCGGAGGAUGACGACGUGUCAAUGCCUUCCAGCGAGCCUGAGCUUGACUCGGUCAAGGAACCUCGCCUGCGGUCACCCACGCUGGCUAAGAAAGGGCAGGUGGUCGCCUCCAACGCGCCGACUUCACACCCCAGGAACAAUUCAGCCGACUUUCGGAAGCGGAAGCGGCCAUCGAUCGCCGACACGUCAGAGUCCGAGCAGCCGCUCAAGAAGCGAGCCGGUUCGAUCAGCGGCGCCGAUCAAGAGCCAUCCGGCGACGUCGCAAUGAUUGAUGACGACGGCAUCUCGACGAACCCCCAAAGCGGCAACCACACUGCCGAAGAAGACAACGGGGAGCUAGUGGCUACAUCUGAGCCCAAGGAGGAGCUGCCAGAAGCGGCCGUAGAAGUUGGUGUGCCGAGCAGGGCCAGGAGAGGACGGCGCAGUCCGACAAAAAAGCGGAAAAGUAAAAGUCCUGAGGACGGAGAUACCAAGGAAGAAGCGCCAGGCGAGCCUCUUGAGGAUGCCGAUGAUCAGAGUUUCGAGGUACCCACGCCACAAGCUGAGGAUGACCACGUCGACGAAGUCGACGAGGAGGUCGAGACAGCGCACCGGAAUGAGGAAGAGCUGGAACGGAAAAAGGCGGCUUGGGAGGAGCUGGUCGCGAUCGAGAAGCAGUUCAGCAGCUUCCGGGAGCGACUUUAUCAGGAGCGACUAGAACAGCUCAACCAGGAAGAAGCAAUGCUCGCGAGCGACAACCCGACGCACCCCGAGUACCUCGCUAUGCUACAGUGCCUCGAGGAGCGGCGAGCGGAGAAGAUACGGAGGAGCGACCUCGAGUUGCAAUUCAAGCUGUCGGUGUUGCGACGCCGAGCAGUCGCGGAGCGUGCACAGAUUAUGUCGCAGUUCUAUCAGGCUGUUCGUGAAUCGAGAGACGAGACCGUGACAGAGUUGGGUCAAGAAUGGUAUCAAAUACAACAAGAGCGGCGCCGGGCCGCCAACACAAUACCGGAUUAUGGGCUCCGCUUCCCCGCUACGAGGGCGGAAGCCAUCAGGAAUGCCGUGUCAUACAACAAGGAGGUGUCGGUGCUCUCGGGUUUCGCCAAGCACGUCGGUUUCCCCGCAGCGCCGUCAAUCAAUGGCGUUACCGAAGACCAGCUGGAGGCCGACCUGGAAGCGAUACAAUUCGCCCGCGAGCCAAUGUCGAGACAGAUGCCGAACCACCUGCCGGCGUUCCGCCCGGAAUACAAACACACGACGGGCCUUUCCGCGUUCACACACGGCCUCGGCGCUGCCGGAGAGCAGUUCAUCGAGCAAACGCCCUGGGCGAACCCGAACCACCCGUCCCAUCACAUGCAGCGCCAGCAAGGCCACCGCGAAGCCAACCUCCACCCCACCUACGCUGGCCCGCCACCACCGUCGGCUCCCCGGAUACACUCGAACCAACCGGGCGGCCUGUUCUCCUCGAGCACGUCUACUAUUCUGAACGGCGAGUCUCCGGUACCGGUGCAGAAGACGCACUCGCCGACAGUUUCCGGGAAACUCCAGGGCGCUAAUAAGAUGAGCGCCGAGCCGCUACGGCGGGAGUCGGCUGUACAUGCGUCUUGAUUUUGAGCUUCCGGUUCUGUGUUUUCUGUUCA